ACUGAGCUGGAAGCCGUGUCACCACGUGACUCCUCUAGUGCGAGCCUGCUGUUUGUUCAGCCAGAGAGGCAGAGAAGAAGAAAAAUGGCGGCUCUAGGCGAACCCAAACGGGACGCCGGGCUAACGUUUUGAGCUUUCACGCCCGAAAAGAGACCGGGGCUCCACGGGGUUACCGCACCGUCUGAACCUCCACCGGUCCAGCUUUGCAGGGGUGCUGCUUUCGCUCGCGUCCGUGAAGGCUAAAUUAACGCAAAAAUAAGGAUAGUAAAAUAAUAGAUUUCGCAUAUCAUGAGAGGGAAAAGGGGCAGGCCGCCCAAACCGCUACAAGCAGAGGACUCGUCCCCAGCUUCGGCCCGAGGCUUGCGACCCAGGAGGAAUCUGAAGCCCAGGUUGAGAGACAGCGGGGAUGAGGACGCAGAGAGCCCCACAAGGGAGAGCCCCAAGUCGGCCAAAAAGAGGAAAGUGAGAUCCGUCACGUCAACACGGGGCAGGGGACGAGGCAGAGGUGGCGGCGGUGUAAGAGGAGGCAGAGGGGGCCGUGGAGGAAAGCGGACGCCUGCGUCCAAAACAGUGGUGUACGAUGACCACGAGAGCGACGAGGAGGACGAUGCUGUCAGUUUGAGAUCGGAGGAGGACGAGUUUGUUGAGGAGGAACCUCAGUCCGAAGAGGAUGAGGCCCUCAAAGACGAGUCUGAUUGCCUUGAAGAUGAUGUCCUGGACGAGGAGGAGGAUGGUGCCAGCUACUGUACGGAGAGUAGCUUUCGGAGUCAGAGCACACACGCCAGCACUCCGGGGAAGAAAAAGGUACGGGCUCCCCGACCUCGCACCCCCAUCCUCGAGGAGAAGGAGAUUCCUCUUCUUAAGCUUCCUGACACCUCUGAGGAUCUCCUGGUGCCUAAUAAUGAGCUGCUCAAUGCCACCUCCAUCUACGAGGUGAUACGGAACUUCAGCACGGUGCUGCGUCUCUCCCCCUUCCGCUUUGAGGACUUCUGUGCAGCACUGGUCGGGCAGGAGCAGUGCACUUUAAUAGCAGAGACCCAUAAUUCCCUCUUAAAGGUCAUCCUACGUGAGGAGGACACCUCCAACACUACCUUUGGCCCCGCCGACCUCAAAGACAGCGUCAACUCCACUCUGUACUUUAUUGACGGCAUGACAUGGCCUGAGGUGUUGCGGGCGUACUGUGAGAGUGACCGGGAGUACCAUCACGUCCUGCCAUAUCAGGAGGUGGAUGAGUAUCCCUAUGGUCCUCUUGAAAGUAAGAUCAAGGUGUUACAGUUCUUGGUGGACCAGUUUCUCACCACCAACAUCGCUCGUGAGGAGCUGAUGUCCGACGGCAGUAUGCUGUAUGACGACCACUGCCGCGUGUGUCAUCGACUCGGUGACCUGCUGUGCUGCGAAACCUGCUCUGCAGUCUACCACCUGGAGUGUGUGAAACCACCACUGGUCGAGGUUCCAGAGGACGAGUGGCAGUGCGAGAUUUGUGUGGCGCACAAGGUGCCGGGUGUCACAGACAGUGUGACUGAGGCGCAGAAGAACAAGCCCUACAUCCGCCAGGAGCCCAUUGGAUAUGACCGCCACCAGAGGAAAUACUGGUUCCUAAACAGAAGGAUUAUCGUCGAGGAGGACAGGGAGCACGUGAAGAAAAAGAUCUGGUACUACAGCACCAAGGCGCAGAUGGAGGAGCUCAUGGUGUGCCUGGAUAAGCAGUACUGGGAGAUGGACCUCCAUGCCACGCUGGAGGAGAUGAAGGACGAGGUGCAAGCUCACAUGGACAUCACAGAGGACCUCACCAGCAAAGCCCGGGGAAACAAUAAAGCCUACCUCACUGCUGUCAACGAUGUGAUCACGGAGCGCAUGAAGGUCAGGCGGGAGGCACAGGAGGCGAAGAGGCGAACAGAGGAUGCAAAGCAGGAAGCAGAACCGGGCUCUAAGACGGCAGAGGACACUGCUGCGCUCCCCUCGCACCUCGACAACGGCGAGCACAAAGACUCUGAGGCCAAGGAAGAUUCCAGCUCGCAAGCAGACACGGUUCCCCCUGCUGCAGAGGAGAGCGUGUCUGACCCUAACCCCGGCUCGACCACCCAGGACACAGCCAUGCCUAAAGCAGAGUCCCUUGAACCUAACAAGGAAGCGCAGCCCGCUCACUCUACGAGCCACGAGAGCGGGGAAUCCCCUCCAUUGGCGAAGCAGGAGAGGACAGAUGAGGAUGUGAAAGCCGAGUCUAGCAGGGAAGACAAGCCCCCUGGCGUAGAUCAGCCUCAGCAGCAGUCGUCUCAACCAAAGGCGAGCAGUGGCAGCAGCAGCAGCAGCAGCCAGGUCUCAGGCCUCAGGAAACCAGAGCAGCCUGACCUGGCUGAUCGCACCUCGCAGUCCUCUUUUACCAGCCAGGAUGGGACAGACGAGUACAACGUCAGGGUCAGCAGCGAUGUAGAGAAACCAGCAGGACAGGAAUCUAAUAACCAAACGUCCGGAGGCAGCAAAGAGUCAUCUCCUGUAUGCUCUGAUGGUGAAUCUACGCGUCUGAGCUUCUUAAAAAGGGACCUGACAGUGAAUCUGAACAACUUGUUCAAACUGGGUCAGGAGGGUAAAUACAGGGUGUACCACAACCAGUACAGCACCAAUGUCCUGGCCCUGAACAAACAUCAGCACCGCGAGGACCACGACAAGAGACGCCACCUCUCUCACAAGUUCAGCCUGACCAACACGUCAGAGUUCAAAUGGAACGGCUCCAUCUACGGUUCGCGCAGCCUGACUGUCUCCACCCUGCGUCUCACCAUCAUCCAGCUGGAGACCAGUGUCCCCGGGCCGUUCAUGCAUCCUAACUGGGCAUCACACAGGACCAACUGGAACAAAGCGGUGCAGAUGUGCAGCAAGGCCAGAGAGUUCGCUUUGGCCUUGGCCAUCCUGGAGUGUGCCAUCAAGCCGGUGGUCAUGCUGCCUGUUUGGAAAGAUUCUCUUGGACACACAAGGCUACAUCGCAUGACCUCCAUGGAGCGGGAGGAGAAGGAGAAGGGGAAAAGGCGAGAGAAAAAGCUUGAGGAUGAGGAGACACUGCAACAGGCCACUUGGGUGAAGUACAGCAUCCCCAUCAAGCACCAGGUGUGGAAGCAGAAAGGCGAAGAAUACAGAGUGACGGGCUAUGGUGGCUGGAGCUGGGUCAGUAAAACCCAUGUGCCCCGGUUUGUCCCAAAGCUACCAGGGAACACAAACGUAAACUACCGCAAAGAACUGGAGGCUAAAAUGAGGAAGGAAAAUGCUGAAGCUUCCACCGAUAAGCAGAAAACUGAGAAGGAGACUAAUCAAAACACAUCGGACGGGGACAGUGAACAAGCAUCCAUCACUGCAUCAUCUGAGAGCGCUUCAUCAGAGGGGGACUGCAAACCUCAGACCUCCACAGAGGAAGACAAACCUACAGAGGAGGAGCAGGAACAAAAUGUAGAAGAGAAGAGAGAAGAUGAAACAAUGGAGGUUGACCCCUGCCCAGAAACUGCUGCUUCAAAUGGCGAGAAAGAUAAAGCUGAGAACAAAGGCCCUUCCUCACCUUCUGUGCCGCCUGUGACGGAAGACGUAAUCCAGAAAGUUGAACCCAAGAAGGAAGAGACCGCCACAUCAAAGAUCUACUACGAUGUUGUGAAUGUCAGCGAGGGCUUCCAGCUGCGCACGGCUUAUAAGAAGAAGGUAAAGCCCUCCAAACUGGAUGGGCUUUUGGAGCGGCGGGUAAAACAGUUCACCUUGGAGGAGAAGCAGAGGCUAGAGCGAAUGAGACAGGCGGCACUGCUGUCCAAAAUGUCUGCCACAAAGCCUACUUCCGGAGUCAAGACUGAAGGAUCCACAUUAGGCAAACAGCAGCCUGCCGUGACCCCGUGUGUAAAACAAGAGAAGGAGGAUGGCAUUCAAGUGAAAGACCACAUAGUUAAAAAGCUUGACUUUGAGCAGGAGCAGACGGAGAUAAAGGCAGACAUGGAUGUCAAAUCAGAAACCUCAGGACCCAACCACAGCAAACAGACGGAGAUCAACGCUGUGCAGGGGAACUGUGGGGAGGCCUUAGCUCACAAAGAAGUGAAUGGAGGAACCCUGUCAAGCACCGAGCCCAACAGUAAAAACAAUUGUAUUUCGGACUCGAUAGAAAGCAAAGAAAAAACUCAGAAGCCAGAGGUGGCUCGAGUGGAAGAGAAUGCUAAGAAACGGGUGUAUGAUGAAAUGGAGCAAGGCGGGGGACAGAGCAUCGAGGUAGACCAAAGCAAGACCAGUCCAGUGCAGGUGAAUGGGGAAGCUGGGGUUACCGCGCCUGCAGACUCAGACAUCAACUCAGACCCAGCCAGUCGAGUCCAAGGUGAUAUUAAAGAGCCGCUCAAGUCUCUGAUGAACGGAAACCUCACGCAGAAUGAUGUCUCCGACAUAUGUCACCCACCUCCCCUAAAAGUCCCCAAAUUAGAGAACCACGUGGCAGAGAAAGGAGACUCUCUCAAUCAGGAUGGGGCCGUGGACGAUGAGGGGGGAGUACCGGCUAAACUUCCACUCUCAAGCCCUUCUCUUCUGAAUAGUAACAGUACCGACAAUAACAGUAGCAGCGUAGGUUUGAAGUCCACCUCCACAGAGUCUCAAAAUGCCCCAAAAACGGACCUGUCCAGCAGCAUCAGUAAGUCUGAUGUGACGUCUCAAGCAGCAAGUAGCGCAGUCUCGUGUGUUACCACCACCCAGCCCAUCUCCAGGGCAGUUGUCCCUCAGAAGACUAAAUUUCCAGCCACCGACACCAAGACGGGCACUUCAACCAGCUCCAUGACGAUUAGUAAAGAGUAUUCCACCAAAGACCGAGUCAGCCUCCUCAGGUUCUACAAAUCCAAGAAGGCACGCUCGGGGACAGCCCUGCCGUCCUACCGCAAGUUCGUCACCAAGAGCAGCAAGAAGAGCAUCUUCAUCCUGCCAAACGAUGACCUGAAGAGGAUGGCGAGGAGAUCAGGCAUCAGAGAAGUGCCCAUUUUCAACUACAACGCCAAGCCCGCCCUGGAUAUAUGGCCCUACCCUUCACCUCGGCCCACUUUUGGGAUCACGUGGAGGUACCGUCUCCAGACUGUGAGGUCGCUGGCUGGGGUCAGCCUGAUGCUGCGGCUGCUGUGGGCCUGCCUGAGGUGGGACGACAUGGCUGUUAAGCCCUCUGCUGCUGUAGGGACGACGCGGAAAGAAACUACGGACACGGACAUCACUACAACAGAGAUCAUCAAACGAAGAGACGUGGGGCCUUACGGCAUCCGCUCAGAAUACUGCGUCAGGAAGAUCAUCUGUCCCCUCGGAAACAGAGACACUCCCAAAGAAACCCCCACUCCACAGAGGAAAGGCCUGCGCUCAAGCGCCUUGAGGCCCAAGAAGCAUGAGCCAGCCAAGCUGACUGGGCCGAGGGCAGUAGAGUCAUGGGUGCCUGAAGAGGACAUGGAGCUGUGGGAGAUCAGGGCCUUUGCUGAAAGAGUGGAGAGGGAGAAGUCUCAGGGUAUUGAUCCCUCCAAGAGUGGCAGCACUCUGAAGACGGCAGAGGAAGUCAAGGCCCAUUUGGAAAAUCAACUGAAGCAGGCCAGACUGGCGGCCCAGCAGAAACGCCUGGAGCCGCUGAGACCGGGAACCCCUGGCACCACUCUCUCAACAACAACCAGCACUCCCAACACCCCGCAGUCCACGGGCCAGAGGACGGGUCAGGUCCCAUCUGGAACUAAGAUGGUCCUGGCCUCCAAACUGGGCUCUCCUGUUUCCUUCCAGCAAGACAAAAACUUCCAUCAGUCUUUCGCUUCCUGGGUGAAGCAGGGUCAGACCAACAACAGCUCAGGUGUAGUCCAGCAGAAAGUCCUGGGCAUCUUCCCCUCUGGACCCCCUGCGAACCUGAGGACAUACAGCACACUGCAUCCUACGACUGGCAACAUCAACCUCAGAGCCUCCACCUCCUCAAAUACCCAGCAGCCCGGCACGACGAUGAGCCAGUCACCUGCCACUUCUGUGGGCGCAGCAAUGGUCAGAAGUCCAGCGUUUGCUCAACAAGGCCAACCUCAGCAGACUAUGACACAGACAGGUGCUGGUUCUACACCUGUGCAGACGGGCGCAGCUCAGAGAUUAGCAGGUUCUGCGCCAUCACCUCAUACAGCCACCACGGCACCUGGACAGUCACCUGUAGCUUCCUCCCAGACCAACAGACCACAGCAGGGUCAAGUUAAGCUCACGAUGGCACAGCUCAUGCAGCUGACGCAGGGUGCUCAGGGUGGAAACCCAGGUCUGACGGUGGUGAUCCAGGGUCAGGGCCAGACCCAAGGGCAGCUGCAAAUCAUCCCACAGGGUGUGACCGUCAUCCCUAGUCCUGGUCAGCAGCUAAUGCAGGCAGCCAUGCCCAAUGGCCAGGUCCAGCGCUUCCUCUUCACUCCCAUGCCCCCAUCCUCAUCAGUUCCAACAUCAGCACCCACUCAGACCCCUCUAAUGUCAACUCCAACUCAAGCCAGAGCCCCUGCACAAGUCCAGACGACUCCCUCAGGCCUUGCCCAAACCCAAAUGGCAGCCCCUCUACCUGUCCCGACACAAAUGCCAAAUUUGGCCCCCACAGUCCCGAUGCAAACCCAAGUCGGAGCCACUACCCCAUUAUCAGUCCCUGCACAAACUCAAAUAUCCACUCCUGUGCCCGCUCUGCCACAUGUCGCAGCCCAGGCCUCCACACCAGCCUCUGUCCCCGCACAACCCCAAGUGGCGAGAUCUGUGCCUUCCCCAGCACAGAUUGCAGGCCCAGCGAUGUCUCAGACACAAGUCUUUGCCUCUGCUUUGACCCCUACCCAAAACCAAGUCUCCACCCUUACCCCAGGAUUAUUCCCUACACAAACUGCAGUGUCACUCCCUGUCCUGGGACAAGUUGCACCUCAAGCCCAGGUCCAGACACAUGCCUUCAGCCCUGCCCCUGCUUUAGCCCCCGUCUCAGUCAAGGCUGCCGCCCCAUUAGCCGCUAUUAACUCGGUCCAAUUCCCUGUUUCUGCCUCUCUUCCCUCACCUGUCCAAGUUCCGACCCCUGCUCUCGCUCCCGUCUCUGCUCCCGUCAUAGCUGUCGUGUCCACCCAAAUUGCUGUCCCGUCCCCAGCUAAAGCUCUAACCCAAAUUCAGGCCACUGCUCCCGCUCCCCUUCAUGCUGCUGUGGCCAAUGCUGUCGUCACACCCGUCACAGCCACCUUUACAACUCCUUCAGUGCCAGCUCUAACAGACCAGAGGGCAGCUCAGCCCCAGGUUUGGACUCUGGCCUCAUCUCAAGCUCAGACUCCUGUUCAGCUGGCCGCAACUCCCGCUCAGACACCCGCCCUGGCCACUGUACCCGCCUCAGUCUCCAUACAUUCCCCUGUUACCCCUCUCCCUCAAGCAUCUCUUUCUCCUCAAGCUCAUGCACAAAUUCAGCACCCCACCGUUGUAUCCAUGCAGCAGGUGUCUCAAAUCCCAGUCUCAGCAGUGCAGGUUCAUAUGGGAUUACCAGUCUCUUCUGUUACUGCUGUCAGACCUACGCAGCCUCAGCUCCAGCCCCAAACCCAUGCUCAACUUCAAGUCCAGCGUCAAGCCCAAAUCUGUGCACAGAUUCAGGUCCAGCCCUUUGGCCAAGUGCAACAAAUGCCACACAUUCAGGCCCAAGCACAAGCCCAGAACCACCCCCAGGUCCGAGUUCAAUUUCAGCCACAAACUCAGCAACCACCCCAAGCCCAAGUACAGCCUCAAAAUCAACCUCAGGUGCAGUUUCAGUCCCAAAUCCAAACCCAAACCUUGCCCCAGGUCCAGGCCCAGCUCCAACCAAGGGUCCAGCCUCAGUACCACCCGCAGAUACAGGCUUCAUUUCAAACACAGGCUCAAACCCAACCCCAGGCUCACCAACAGCCUCAGGUUCAAUCUCAACCGCAGGUUCAGUCUCAGGCCCAAACUCAGCUCCAGCCCCAGAUACAAACCCAACUCCACCCCCAGGUUCAGGUCCAGUUCCAGAAACAGAGCCAGGUUCAUCCACAACCCCAGGUCCAAACCCAGCCCCAAUUUCAAGUCCUGUCCCCGCAGCAGCCCCAGGUCCAGCAGCAUCUUCAGGUCCAGCAGCAGCUUCAGGUCCAAGCCCAACCCCAAGUCCAAGCUAAACUCCAAGUCCAGUUCCAGCCUCAGAACCAAACUCAAGUGCAGCCUCAGCUUCAGGUCCAGUCUCCAAUCAGGCAUCAGCUUAUCACCGUUCCGGGCCUCCAACAGCCUGUCCAGCUCCUCUCAGCUCUGCCGCCCCAUGUCGCUGCCCAGAUCCAAGCCCAGAUCCAGGCACAGACCCAGCAGGGCGGAACCGUUCCCCAGCAGAUUAAACUGCAGCUGCCCAUCCAGAUCCAGCAGACAGGGGGGCCAAUCCAGGCGCACCAGAUCCAGAACAUGGUGACCAUACAGGCACCAGCAAGCGUCCAGGAGCAGCUCCAAAGGAUGCAGCAGCAACAGCAGCAGCAACAGCAGCAACAACAGCAGCAACAGCAGCAGCAGCAACAGCAACAACAACAGCAGCAGCAGCAGCAACAACAACAGCAGCAGCAGCAACAACAGCUGCAACAACAGCAGCAACAACAACAAAAACCAAAGAAGAAGAAACACAACGAGGCUAAAAGGGAACAGAAAGAGCAGAACCUGCAGGCCGUUAGCCCUGUGGAUGGUAUCCAAAAACAGGCGGUGGUGAAGCAGAAUGCUACAGCGGAGCAGCUGAAACAGAGGAAAACCCUGGCUGCAGCUGAGCGAGAGGAGAACCAGAGAAUGAUCGUGUGCAACCAGGUGAUGAAGUUCAUCCUGGACAAGAUCGAGAAGGACGAGAAGCAGGCAGCUAAGAAGAGAAAGAAGGAGGAGGUGGUGGAGCAGAAACGCUCCAAACAGAAUGCCACCAAGCUGACUGCGCUGCUGUACAAGCACAAGGAGCAGCUGAAGGCUGAGAUCCUGAAGAAGAGGGCCCUGCUGGACAAGGAGCUGCAGCUGCAAGUACAGGAGGAGCUGAGGCGGGACAUAGCCAGGCUACAAAAAGAAAAGGAGAAAGCCAGAGCUGCUAUCACUCAGGCUGCUGCAGCAACAGUCAAGGCGGCCUCUUCCCACUCCUCCCAUCCCUCUCACCCUACACAUCCCUCUCACAGCACCCACACGGCGACCUCGCUUUCCUCGUCACAUAAACGUAAGCGGGAAGAGGAUAGGGACAAAGACAGAAACAAAGACAGGGACAGGCAUCACGACAAGGACAAGAAACGGGACAGGGAUAAGGACCGGGACAGGUGUAGAGAGAGAGACAGAGAUAAAGAUAAAGAUAAAGACAGAGACGGGGAUCGAGAGAAGGAGAAGGAGAAAGAGAAGGAGAAGGAGAAAGAGAAAGACCGAGAGCAGGACAGACAUCGGGAUAGGGACAAGGACAAAGAAGGGGACAGAGACAAGGAUGGAGAUUCCAGCUCAUCAAAACACAAGAAGAAGAAGAAGCCUUCUUCUACCUCAAAGGAUCACAAGAAGGACACCAAAUUGUACUGUAUCUGCAAAACGGCCUACGACGAGUCAAAGUUUUACAUCGGGUGCGACCUGUGCUCCAACUGGUUCCACGGCGUGUGUGUCGGCAUCACAGAGAAAGAGGCCAAGAAGUUGGAGGAUUUUGUGUGUAAUGACUGUAAACGUGGUCAGGAGGGAGGAAGCAACGAGGAGCUGUACUGCAUAUGCCGGACACCAUAUGACGAAUCACAGUUUUACAUAGGAUGCGACCGCUGCCAGAACUGGUACCACGGGCGCUGCGUGGGCAUCCUGCAGAGUGAGGCCACUCACAUCGACUUGUACGUCUGCCCGCAGUGUCAGUCGACAGAAGACGCCAUGACAGUGCUCACGCCGCUCACUGACAAAGACUAUGAGGGCUUAAAAAGAAUAUUACGCUCGUUACAGUCUCACAAAAUGGCAUGGCCUUUCCUCGAACCGGUGGAUCCCCACGACGCGCCGGAUUAUUAUCGCGUAAUCAAGGAGCCAAUGGACUUUUCCACAAUGGAAACCCGUUUGCAAAAGCGACAUUACCACAAGCUCACCGAGUUUGUGGCCGACGUGACCAAAAUCUUCGAUAACUGUCGCUAUUACAACCCCAACGACACGCCCUUCUUUCAGUGUGCCGAGGUGCUUGAAGCCUUCUUUGUACAGAAGCUUAAAGGUUUCAAAGCGAGCAGAUUGUCAGAUUCUUAAAGUGGGCCAGUCUGGACUGGAUGCUGGGGUCUCUAGUAAUAAUGACAUGGAAACUUUCCAGAACAGCAAAAAACAAAUCCAAUAAUUAAGAAUAAAACCAUGCACACACACCAAAUGUGCUUUCAUGUAAAUGCCACCAAUUUUACAUUUUCGGUAACCAUUAUAAUAUUCAGUUUAAUCACAAAAUGGCCACCGUGCGAUUAUCAUGAUAUCGAGGGACACGCUUUCUUCUCAUCAUUUCCCUAGACCUGGCCUAUUUUGAACAGUCCAUUACAGUAGCUAAGAUGUCUUCAGUGGGAUUUUAAAUGCAUUUUAGUUCCUAACUUGUAUUUAUUUUCUGUUUAUACAUCUUAGUUUGAUUGGAUAAUGUGAUGAUAUAAAACAAAUAUAUAAAGCUGCAUAUUUUAUUAUAUAGAGAUAUUUAUGAGAAGUUUUGUAUGUUACAUCCCUUUUGAGUUUGAGCUGGUUGUUAAGGUGGUUGUCUUGAAUGUACAUACUUUUUUAUCAUGUACAGUGGUUGUAAGAUAUAUCUAACUCUGUGUUUUGAAUGUUUUAAAUAAUUAUGAAACCAAUAAUUUUAGAUAGUAUUAUUUUUAAAUUUACUGCAAAGAGCGAGGAGCUCAUCCUUGUUCCUCGCUUCACAAAGUAACCUCAGUUUGUAGUUGUGGAAGAUUUCUUCAGUAAUAAAGGCAUUCCCAGUAAAUUACACCAACAUGGCUGCAGGAUCCUCUACCGACCCCUUUGCAUCUUCUGUGUCUUGUUUGUCGAGAUGUCGCAACAAUAAACGGAAAUUGCGAAGGGCUCUCAACUUUCCCCCUCUCUCCGCAUUCUGUAGGUCUCAUAACAACAAGCUACAGUGUUCGACAGCCUCUUAGAAAGCACCGCACAUUGCUCAAACAAAAUGCACUUGCCAAGAAUAUGGCUUUUUCUGAACUGUAACUCUGUGACAGACUCUGCCUCAUCCUGUGUUUGGGAUCUGCUCCUCUGACUGUCGGUGCAACCAGCACUGCUGCUUUCACAGAACUGUUCAGGCAGAGCUGCCUUCUGCCCAUUUCAGCUCUAAAAGGGACCUUUUUUUUUUUUUUUUGGACCUGUUUUCAUCAGUUGGACUGUACUGAGGACGAGCAGCUGAGGCAUUUCAGAAGAAAGUUUACCUCUGAGAAAAGACUCUUAAGGAGCUCUCAUAUUUCCAUGUUUAUUUUUUGAUCUCAGUCUUUUUUUUUAUUAUUUUUUGCUUUCUUGUUAAAAAAAUCAGGCCAUCCUUGUGGUCAUCAUGUCCAAUGAGAAAUAGGAAAUUGAAUACUGACAUACAAUGGCUGAGUUUUACUGAGCGUAAAGUAUCAAGAGUUGUGUCUAAAUUUGGAUAUCACAGUGGAACGUUUUUAUCCCAUUUCCACUCAUUGUUUAGUCUGAAGUGGCAUGAAAGACGUUGAACUAAAUAUCUGGACACCAGUAGUCUGCUUGGUUAAACUUCUAUAACCUACUGAAAGUACAGUAAUAAGCUAUUGUAAAUGGAUUGCUCUGCAGUAGUGACUGAACGAGAAGGAUGAAACAAUGUAUUUGAAGGUUCCUGCCCUGUUUGUAAAAAAAGAAAAGUAAAAAAAAAUUGUCCGAUUUUGACUUGAUUUCUUUCUUUUUUUUGUAUUACAUCUGAAGAAAUAUUGAUGUAUAUGGAACUUAAUAAAAUAUAAAAGACUGA